AUGAAAGGCCCCUUAGAUGUUGCUCAAAUUUGGACAAUUAGUGAUGGACCUUGUAGCUCAAAUUUACAAAAAGGCCCCUUAGAUGUUGCUGUUUUGAAACACUAUACAAAUGAUAAGCGCAAAGAUGUAACAACACUUGACUGGAAUACAUUUCAAAACAAACAACUUGCUCAUGUUGUGAACGUGAGAACACUGGACAAUCUUAUCACAAAGCUUUUGCUUUGGCUUUUAGACAAAAGGGUUCCAAGGAUGGAUGAUGGCAGUCAACUUCUGAAUGCCUUAAAUGUUUUAAUGCUAAAGAUAGUGGAUAAUUCAGAGAGGACAUCAUCAUUUAUGGUGCUAAUAAGUCUCCUAAAACCAUUAGACACUUCUAGAUGGCCAGCUCCACCAUCCAAUGAAUCUUUUGCUACAAGAAAUUCAAAGUUCUCUGAGUUGGUUGUCAAAUGCUUGAUCAAACUUACAAAGGUUCUUCAAAAUAUGACAUAUGAGGUGGACCUUGAUCGUAUCCUCCAAAGCAUUCAUGUGUAUCUCCAAGACCUCGGGAUGGAAGAAAUCAGAGGAGGAGCGGAUGACAAGCCUUUGCGGAUGGUGAAAACGGUUCUUCAUGAGCUUGUAAAGCUUCGUGGGACAGCAAUAAAAGGUCAUCUUUCCAUGGUCCCAAUUGACAUGGAACUCCAACCCAUAAUCCUUGCCUACAUCAAUCAUAAUCUUCAGACAUUGGCUGCUACCCGAAUGUUGACCCCUGUUGGUCAAACUCGUUGGGGUGAUUCCAUGGCCAAUUAUCUAAUGCCUGCCAUGCAUUCUGCAGAUGCCCAAUUGAAGCAAGAACUUUCUGCGAUAUUCAAGAAAAUUGGAGACAAUCAAACAUGCAGUAUCGGUCUAUACGAACUAUACCGUAUAACACAAUUAUACCCACAGGACCUAGAUGCAUUCACUGCAGCUAUUGUUGUGAGUAUUGCCUUCUCUUUCAUUCCUGCUUUGUUAGUUGUUGCUAUUAUGAAGACUAGGCUUAGAGCAAUGGUUGCAAGAGAUAAGUUCAGAAGAAGAAGAAACAAGGCUGCAACUAUAGUUCAGGUUGAUCUUGAAUAA